AGAGAGCAAGAGAGCAAUGCUCUUCAAGGACAAUACAAUUAGGAUUACAAGAAUCGACAACAGCGCAAAGGAGAGCGCGACGCCAGGCCGAUAUAAGGCCCCUGGCGCUUCCUCGCGGCUCAGUCUCGGCGCCGACGUCCUCCUCAGGCUGUGCUUCUAGCCCCGUUAAGAUGAGCCCAACGGCAAUAGUAAGCUUGCUGUUCCUGGUGGCCUUGGCGACAACCGGAGCCUUCGCUGGCAACGAGACCGUCCUGGCGGGCUUCCCGGCCCUGGGCCAUCGCUUCCGCAACUGCCACGAGGUGCAGCAGGCCAUCGCCGGCAGCGCCGACGGCGUGUACGUGAUCUUCCCGUACGACUGCUGCCCCGAGCGGCCCGUGCGCGUGUGGUGCGACAUGACGAGCGACGGCGGCGGCUGGACGCUGAUCCAGCGGCGCGACGACUACGCUGAGCAGGAGGACUUCUUCCGGACGUGGACCGAGUACGUCCUCGGCUUCGGCAACGUGGCCAAGGACCACUGGCUCGGCCUCGACCACAUCCACGCACUCACGAGCCAGAGCCUGAGCCAGAUCCGCUUCGACCUGGCCGACUUCGAGGGCGAGUCCCGCUGGGCCAAGUACGACUUCUUCUACGUGCACGACAAAAGCAACUCCUACAAGCUCGAAGUGAACUCCUACAGCGGCGACGCCGGAGACUCUGUCACUGGCCACAGCGGGAAUAGAUUUUCCACCAAGGAUCGCGACCAUGACCUGGCGGAUUUAAACUGCGCACAAUCGUACAAGGGCGCUUGGUGGUACACGAAAUGUCACUCGACGAAUCUCAACGGCGUGUACUACAGGGGACACCACGAGUCAUAUGCAGAUGGCAUUAACUGGGUUAACUGGCACGGACACCAUUACUCCUUGAAGACAGUGACCAUGAAGAUCAAACCAAGAUUCUAAAAGAUGGUC